GUGGGGGAUAAUGUGGAUUUGUCAAAGGGAUUUGUGUUGUGUGGUUGUGGGUUGCUUGAAAUUGAAGAAAACUAGCAUAUAUAAGAAUUUACUGAUUAAGCUGUCUGUUAUUUGUAGAGAAACGUGUCUACAACUUUUAGAUUCAACAUUCAGAAGAGAUAUAUUUUCAGUAACAGCAGGAUGGCAGAAGAUUUGGAUGUCGAAGCCAUGCUGGAAGCCCCCUACAACAAAUCUGAUAACACUUCCUCUUCAAAGCAUCGAUCGGACAAGUAUUCUGAUAAGCACAAAGAAAAGGACCGCGACAGUAAUCGAAGACGUAGCCGUUCCAAAGACAGGAUAAAAUCACGCGACAAGGAUUCUCGUCGUUCCAGGGAUAGAGAUGACAGAAGGGACAAAGACCGUGACAAAGAUAAAGAUCGGAAGGAUCGUGAUAGAGACCGCCAUAAGGACAAGGAAAGAGAAAAAGACAAAGACAGAGAACGUGACAGGGAUAAAGACAAAGAACGGGAUCGCGAAAGGGACCGUGACCGAGAGAAGAGACGUAGCAAAGAUAGGGAGCGCAGUCGCGAAAGGGGCCGCAGCCGCGAAAAACACUCGCAUCGUAGAGAGAAGAGUGGGGAAGCAGAUGGCAAAGAAUACAGAUCAAAAUCUAGAGGGGCUGAACCUAAACUUGAUGACUUGCCUCCUGAAGAACGGGAUCUACGGACUGUCUUUUGUAUGCAAUUAUCUCAAAGAAUUAGAGCUAAAGACUUAGAAGAGUUUUUCUCUUCUGUUGGGAAGGUCAGAGAUGUAAGACUUAUAACUUGUAACAAAACCCGAAGAUUUAAGGGUAUAGCAUACAUUGAGUUUAAAGAUGCUGAAUCAGUUCCAUUGGCUCUGGGGUUAACUGGGCAAAAACUGCUUGGAGUUCCUAUAAUAGUUCAACAUACACAAGCUGAGAAGAACAGAGUAGGCAACACAUUACCCAAUUUAGCUCCUAAAACAAGCAAUGGACCAACAAGACUUUACGUGGGAUCAUUACACUUUAACAUCACAGAAGAUAUGUUAAGAGGAAUCUUUGAACCAUUUGGUAAAAUUGAUAAUAUUCAACUUAUGACAGACCCAGAAACCGGUAAAAGUAAAGGAUAUGGUUUUCUUACUUUCCAUCAUGCUGCUGAUGCAAAAAAAGCUAUGGAACAAUUGAAUGGUUUUGAAUUGGCAGGCAGGCCUAUGAAAGUAGGAAAUGUUACUGAGCGCACUGAUGGUGGAUCAAGUACUCGGUUUGAUGCAGAUGAAUUGGACCGUGCAGGAGUGGACUUGGGCGCUACUGGGCGACUGCAGCUGAUGUUCAAACUUGCAGAGGGCACUGGUCUACAGAUUCCACCUGCAGCAGCAUCAGUACUGAUGGGGACUGGUUCCACACUAGUCAACCCUCAACCACAAGUGGCACCACCAAUUGCAACGCAAUGUUUUAUGCUCAAUAACAUGUUUGAUCCGUCUUCUGAAACAAAUCCUAAUUGGGAUAUUGAAAUAAGAGACGACGUCAUCAGUGAAUGCAACAAACAUGGUGGUGUAUUACAUGUUUACGUAGAUAAAGCGUCACCACAGGGGAAUGUGUACUGCAAAUGUCCGACGAUAGCAACUGCAGUUGCGUCUGUGAACUCUCUGCAUGGUCGCUGGUUCGCAGGUCGCGUGAUCACGGCGGCAUACGUGCCCCUCGUAAACUACCAUUCCUUGUUCCCAGAUGCAAUGACUGCCCUUACAUUAUUGUUACCUUCGCGAUCACGAUAAAUUUUAAACUGAACUAAUACAGUAGCAUUUACACAAAAGGUUAAUGAAAUAAGGAAUUUGAGUGUAUUCUCUUUGAUUGUAAUAAUAUCUAGUAUUCUCCUAAUUCUAGAUAAUAAAUAGAUGUAUGGUAUUUUA